AUGUCUGCGAGCGACUUGCCUAAUCUUCAUUUGAUUCCCCAGGGAGCUGCCUAUGGCCUUCUUGUUGGCCUUGGUGCCCUUUUUUGUGGCUUCAUCUUGUUUGCUUUGAAAGUUCAGAAGAAUUAUCUCUCCGAGGAUGCUGAGAAAUCCGAGAUGUUCAUGGUCGCCAAUCGAUCAGUAGGAAAAGGAUUAACAGCUUCCGCUGUAUUUUCAUCCUGGAUGUGGAUCAAUGAGACAGUCUUAGCAGCAGCUAUGUGUUUCCGUUAUGGACUUGCCGUGCCACUAUGGUGGGGUUCAGCUCUCUGCUUCGAGAUUGCAUUAAUGGCUGCUCUAGGUGUAAUGGCCAAGAUUCGAGUCCCGUAUGCGCAUACAUCACUUGAGGUUGUGCGCAUGCGAUACGGCCGAGUUGCUCAUCUCGUCUUCAUCGCUUUGAAUCUUGUCAACAACGUUUUUGGUUGCGCCUCAAUGAUCAUGACAGGUUCCCAACUGAUCCACGGUGUUUCAGGAAUGCAUUUUAUCGCUGCAACAAUUUUAAUUCCCGUUGGAGUGGUUCUUUAUACAGCAGUAGGUGGUUUGAAAGCCACAUUUCUCACGGAUUAUUUACAUACAGCUAUCGCACUGAUUCUCAUCAUCUACUUUACUCUCUCGAUUCUCACACAUUCGAUGGUCGGUGGACUGAGUGGUCUUUACGACAAGGUGUCCGCCACUGCAAGCGAAAACUAUAUUUCAGGAAAUUAUCAAGGCUCGGUCCUAACCUUCAAAUCGAAAGGUGCCAUAAUCUGGGGGUUAAUUAUCAAGUUUGGUAAUCUUGCUUUGGUGGUCAUGGAUACAGCGUUUUGGCAGAAAUCUUUUGCCACUGAAGUCAAGGCCACCGUUCCAGGGUAUAACAUUGCCGCGAUCGCAGUCUUUGGAAUUCCUUGGGGACUAGGAACAGUCAUUGGACUCACAGCUCGAGCUAUCCAAUAUACACCGAUUUUCCCAACUUACCCUGGCACACUUACUUCCGCGGAAGUGAACAUGGGAAUGGUCAUGCCCUACACCAUUAAGGCACUCAUUGGGACCAAGGGGAUUGUGGCAUUCAUUAUCCUUUGUUUCAUGGCUCUAACGAGUAGCGUUUCCUCCAGCAUGAUUGCUGUCAGCAGCAUACUGUCCUACGAUCUUUAUAAAACCUACAUUAAUCCCCAGGUGACAGACAGAGUACUGGUCCGAGUGAGUCAUCUGACGGUCAUUAUACAUGGAGUAUUCAUCACCGGCAUUUCUAUUGCUUUGAACUACGGAUCCGCCAAUAUGACUUGGAUAGGCUAUCUAAGACCUAUAGUGAGCUGUCCUGGAAUCAUUCCUCUCAUACUUACGCUCUUCUGGUCACGUCAAACUCGUUUGGCUGCAAUUGUCUCGCCUGUACUUGGUUUCUUUUCCGGCCUCGCUGUAUGGCUAGCUACUGCAAAGUCAAUGUACGGGACAAUUGAUAUGGCUACUACAUCGAACCAGCUCCCCGCUUUGUAUGGAGCUAUUGCGUCAUGCUUCUCACCUGCAAUUUAUUCCGUUAUCAUCUCGCUAUACAACCCAUACGUAUUUGACUGGAGAGAAUUCCUUCGAAUCGAACUAGCUGAUGAGGCGUAUCUCAAUGGAGAUUCGGAGAGGAAUACGCUUCAUGAAAGAGAUGUUCAACAACAUACCAGAGAGGACCCUGAUUCAGAGAAGCCGAUUUACAAUGUGACAAAAUCGGAGGAACACAGCGGCGAAAAAAUUCAAGACCUUGAAAAGACUGCUGUUGCAACAGAGAUAUCGACAUCAAGAGCAAGUACUGAUCUCGAUAACCUCCAGCACCCAUUCGAUGAAGCGACACUCAAAGACUUGCGUCAAUGGCUCAAAAUUGCAUGGAUAAUUUUUAUCGUCAUUGUUCUGAUAACCUUUGUCGCAUGGCCACUUCCACUCUAUCGGGACUACAUCUUCACCAAAUCUUUCUUUUCUGGAUGGACAACUGUCGCCAUCAUAUGGCAGUUUGGUGCAUUUGGCGCAGUGGUUGUUUACCCCCUAUAUGAUGGGAGGGAUGCUAUUGGGAAAAUUAUACGACUGGGCAAAUCAAAUAUUUUGAGGAGAGCGGAUGACGGGACAUGCCCAACAUGA